AUGUUGAUGAACAUCGCCCUCGGCCUACUGGCCGCUCAGAGCGCCGCUGCGACGCGGUUCGUCAUGUACAUUGAUGAAUAUCAUACUACCGAUCUCCCUGGAAGUGAUCAAACAGGCCAGAUUGAUCACGCGAUCAUGGCUUUUGCUCCCACAAAGCUGUUCAACUCUGACUCCCCUCCUUCGUUCUCGCCAUUUGAGCCCGUGGAAACCAUGCGCAAGCGCUUCGGCCCUGACACCAAGGUCAUGAUUGCCAUUGGUGGCUGGGGUGACACGGCCGGCUUCUCUGAUGGAGCCAAGGAUGACACCACCCGCAAGCGUUUCGCAAAGAACGUUGCUUCGAUGCUUGAUACAAACAACUUUGAUGGUGUUGACAUCGAUUGGGAAUACCCCGGCGGUAACGGCCAGGACUAUAGACAAGUCCCCAACUCCGACAAGGUUGACGAAAUCGAGACCUACCCCUUGUUCCUGGCGGCUGUCCGUGAGGCAAUUGGCAACAAGACCCUUUCCAUUGCCGUGCCCGGUAAACGAGGGGACAUGAUUGCUUUCACCAAGGAACAAGGUCCCGAGAUCUUCAAGUCCGUGGACAUGGUCAACGUCAUGACCUACGAUCUGAUGAACCGCCGCGACAAUGUUACCGCCCACCACACCAGCGUCGCGGGAUCUCUCGAUACUAUCGAGGCUUAUCUUGAUCUGGGCCUUGAGCCUGAGAAGAUCAACCUUGGAUUUGCCUACUACGCGAAGUGGUUCACCACCGACCCCAACUCUGACUGCAAGGAGAACCCUAUCGGCUGCAAGGUUGUCAAGCUGGAGGAAGACGAUGGCAGCGAUAACGGCAAGUCCGGUGCUUUCACUUUCGAGAAGGGUGUCAUGGAUCCUCCCCCGGCCAACCUGACGACUUCCUACAAUGGCAAGUGUGGUUACUCUGAGGGAACCAAGUGCCAGCAGGGAUCCUGCUGCAGCGCGUACGGUAACUGUGGCACUGGCGACGACUUCUGCCAGGCUGGCUGUCAGUCCGACUACGGUACUUGCAAGGGCAUCUCCAUCACCGACUCCUGGCGCCGUGCCUCCAAGGACGGACAAACCGAUGACCAAGAGGGUGGCCAGUACUACUGGGACGAGGAGACUAACCUCUUCUGGUCGUGGGAUACUCCUGACCUGAUCGCUCGCAAGUUCUCGGAUAUCGUGCAGGCUAAGAAUCUGGGCGGUGUGAUGGCGUGGUCUUUGGGUGAGGACACUUAUGAGUUUGCCCAUCUUGAAGCUAUGCAGAAUGGUGUCCAGCAGACUGCUUAG